GCUUGGCGGCGGCGGCGGAGACGCGCGAGGACUCGGAGGUACCGGGCGCGCGCGGCUCCGGUGAGGGACGCCUCCGGCUCCGGCUGCUGCCUCGGCGCCCGCGCUUCGGUGCGCUCGGCCUCCGGGGCCCGCCGCGGAGCGCAGUCCGCGCGUCCGCCGUGCGUCCCCCGCCGCCUUCCCCGAGCCCCCGUGAUGGGAACGCGGGGCGCCCCGAGCUGCCCCCGCCGGCUGCCUCUGCUCAGCGUCCUGCUGCUGCCGCUGCUGGGAGGCGCCCAGGCAGCCAUCGUCUUCAUUAAGGAGCCGACCUCCCAGGAUGCCCUGCAGGGGCGCCGGGCGCUGCUCCGCUGUGAGGUCGAGGCCUCAGGCUCGGUGCACGUGUACUGGCUGCUGGACGGGGCCCCUGUCCAGGACACCGAGCGGCGUUUCGCCCAGGGCAGCAGCCUGAGCUUCGCGGCCGUGGACCGGCUGCAGGACUCGGGAGCCUUCCAGUGCGUGGCUCGGGACAAGGCCACCGGAGAGGAGGCCCGCAGUGCCAACGCCUCCUUCAACAUCAAAUGGAUUGAGACUGGCCCUGUGGUCCUGAAGCACCCGGCCUCGGAAGCUGAGAUCCAGCCCCAGACCCAGGUCACUCUGCGUUGUCACAUUGACGGGCACCCUCGGCCCACCUACCAGUGGUUCCGAGAUGGGAGCCCCCUCUCCGAGGGUCAGAGCAACCACACGGUCAGCAGCAAGGAGCGGAACCUGAGCCUCCGGCCGGCCAGCCCUGAGCACAGUGGCGUCUACUCCUGCUGUGCCCACAAUGCCUUUGGCCAGACCUGCAGCAGCCAGAACUUUACCUUGAGCAUUGCUGAUGAGAGCUUUGCCAGGGUGGUGCUCGCGCCCCAGGACGUGGUGGUGGCGAGGAACGAGGAGGCAAUGUUCCACUGUCAGUUCUCAGCCGAGCCACCCCCGAGCCUGCAGUGGGUCUUUGAGGAUGACACUCCCAUCACUAACCGCAGCCGCCCCCCCCACCUCCGCAGAGCCACCGUGUUUGCCAACGGGUCCCUGCUGCUGACCCAGGUCCGGCCGCGCAAUGCCGGGGUGUACCGCUGCAUAGGCCAGGGCCAGAGGGGCCCUCCCGUCGUCCUGGAGGCCACACUUCACCUGGCAGAAAUUGAAGACAUGCCUCCAUUUGAACCCCGGGUGUUCACAGCUGGCAGCGAGGAGCGUGUGGCCUGCCUGCCCCCCCAAGGUCUGCCGGAGCCCAUCAUGUGGUGGGAGCACGUAGGAGUCCGGCUGCCCACGCACGGCAGAGUCUACCAGAAGGGCCGCGAGCUGGUGUUCGCCAGUAUCGCCGAGAGUGAUGCCGGUGUCUACACCUGCCACGCAGCCAACCUGGCUGGUCAGCGGCGACAGGAUGUCAACAUCACCGUGGCCACUGUGCCCACGUGGCUGAAGAAGCCUGAGGACAGCCAGCUGGAGGAGGGCAAGCCAGGCUACUUGCAUUGCCUGACUCAGGCCACACCGAAGCCCACAGUCAUCUGGUACAGAAACCAGAUGCUCAUCUCGGAGGACUCUCGGUUCGAGGUCUCCAAGAACGGGACCUUGCGCAUCAACAGCGUGGAGGUGUACGAUGGGACCUGGUACCGCUGCGUGAGCAGCACCCCAGCUGGCAGCAUUGAGGCCCAAGCCCGUGUGCAAGUACUGGAAAAGCUCAAGUUCACACCACCACCCCGGCCGCAGCAGUGCAUGGAGUUUGACAAGGAGGCCACGGUGCCCUGCUCAGCCACAGGCAGAGAGAAGCCCACGAUUAAGUGGGUACGAGCAGAUGGGAGCAGCCUCCCAGAGUGGGUGACCGACAACGCGGGGACGCUGCACUUCUCCAGGGUGACCCGCGACGAUGCCGGCAACUACACUUGUAUCGCCUCCAACGGGCUGCAGGGCCAGAUCCGUGCCCACGUCCAGCUUACUGUGGCAGUUUUCAUCACCUUCAAGGUAGAGCCGGAGCGCACAACUGUGUACCAGGGCCACACAGCUCUGCUGCGGUGCGAGGCCCAGGGGGACCCCAAGCCGCUCAUCCAGUGGAAGGGCAAAGACCGCAUCCUGGACCCGACCAAGCUCGGACCUCGGAUGCACAUCUUCCAGAACGGCUCCCUGGUGAUCCAUGACGUGGCCCCCGAAGACUCGGGGCGCUACACCUGCAUUGCGGGCAACAGCUGCAACAUCAAGCACACGGAGGCCCCCCUCUUGGUCGUGGACAAGCCCCCGCAGGAGGAGUCCGAGGGCCCGGGCAGCCCUCCCCCCUACAAGAUGAUCCAGACCAUUGGGCUGUCGGUGGGCGCCGCCGUGGCCUACAUCAUUGCCGUCCUGGGCCUCAUGUUCUACUGCAAGAAGCGCUGCAAGGCGAAGCGGCUUCAGAAGCAGCCAGAGGGCGAGGAGCCAGAGAUGGAGUGCCUCAAUGGCGGGCCCUUGCAGAACGGGCAGCCCUCAGCGGAGAUCCAAGAGGAAGUGGCUUUGACCAGCUUGGGCUCUGGCCCCGCAGCCACCAACAAACGCCACAGUACGAGCGACAAGAUGCACUUUCCGCGGGCCAGCCUGCAGCCCAUCACCACACUGGGGAAAAGCGAGUUUGGAGAGGUGUUCCUGGCGAAGGCACAGGGCUUGGAGGAGGGGGUGGCAGAGACCCUGGUGCUAGUGAAGAGCCUGCAGAGCCGGGACGAGCAGCAGCAGCUGGACUUCCGGAGGGAGUUCGAGAUGUUUGGGAAGCUGAACCACGCCAACGUCGUGCGGCUCCUGGGGCUGUGUCGCGAGGCCGAGCCCCACUACAUGGUGCUGGAGUAUGUGGACCUGGGAGACCUCAAACAGUUUCUGAGGAUUUCCAAGAGCAAGGAUGAAAAAUUGAAGUCACAGCCCCUCAGCACUAAGCAGAAGGUGGCCCUGUGCACCCAGGUGGCCCUGGGCAUGGAGCACCUGUCCAACAACCGCUUUGUGCACAAGGACCUGGCCGCUCGGAACUGCCUGGUCAGCGCCCAGAGACAGGUGAAGGUGUCGGCCCUGGGGCUCAGCAAGGACGUGUACAACAGUGAGUACUACCACUUCCGCCAGGCUUGGGUGCCUCUGCGCUGGCUGUCCCCCGAGGCCAUCCUGGAGGGUGACUUCUCCACCAAGUCUGAUGUCUGGGCCUUUGGUGUGCUGAUGUGGGAAGUGUUCACCCAUGGAGAGAUGCCCCAUGGUGGGCAGGCCGACGACGAGGUGCUAGCAGACUUGCAGGCUGGGAAGACCAGACUCCCACAGCCUGAGGGCUGCCCUUCCAAGCUCUACCGGCUGAUGCAGCGCUGCUGGGCCCUCAGCCCCAAGGACAGGCCCUCCUUCAGCGAGAUUGCCAACACCCUGGGAGACAGCCCCGCAGACAGCAAGCCAUGAGGAGGGAGCCCAGGCAGGCUGUGCCUCAGGCUGGCGUGGGCACGGGAGGACCCCCUGACAGGUGCCUGCAGCAUGAUGGGCAAGAUCCCUGUCCUCCUCGGCCCUCCGGGCCCCACCCUGGCACCACAGGCACUGCUGAGGUUUGGGCUGGGCCUGCGAUUUCCUCCUCUCUCUUACCCUCAGCCCUUGGGGGGGUUGACUCGGACCCAGACUGGUGACUAGGACCUUGGACUGGGCAGCUUUUUCUGCCACCCCUUCCCCCAUCAGGGAUAGCGUGGGUGCCUCAGGUAACACCAAUUUCUGGCCUGGGUCUCCGCCCCUUGGCCAGGUGCAGUUCUGCCACUCACCUGCUAACUUUGCCCAGGGCAGGCGAGGCUGCAGAUGAGCCGGGUUGGAGGGCCGUUCCUUAAUAUACUCAAAUUCCUGGGUAGUUCGGGCCCUCGGGGCCCACCUCGGGGUCUGCACCAGAAUCGCGGAGGACACAGCCAGUGCGUCCUCCCCACAUGGACUUGUGCACGCCGACCUGACCUGUGUCUCCUCCCCACCCUUCUCUCCUUUCCUCAUCCUAAGUGCCUGGCAGAUGAAGGAGUUUCAGGAGCUUUUGACAUUAUAUAACCCGCCCUUUUUGUAUGCACCACGGGCGGCUUUUGUAUGUACCGUACUCGCAGCGUAGGGUGGGUGGGCAUGGGAGGGUGGGGUGCG